AAAAAGAAAGACUAUUUAUAACCAUGACGGCGGAGAAGAGAGUUCUACGCAAAGACGAACAGCUCUUAACGAAACUACAGUCAAUUUUAAAACUGUACAAGAAUUUCCAUGCAGCAGCCGACGAACAAGACAAACUUGUCAUUUUAGAGGCUUUGAAAAGUAUUCGUGAGAUUCUGACAAGAAGGUACGUCACUGAGCGUUUAGGAAGAAACGACAUUACGGAGAUUGAAGAAGUUUUAAAAGACUUGAAAAGCCACGUGAAAGCAAUGGCGUUAGACGAAUUAUUCAGUGAAUUAAAUGAGAUUAAAAUGAGAAUGGACUUGGUAGAGACGAGAUUCGAUCUGGAAGACACUAUAAAGCAUUCAAAAAAUAAUUUUAACGAAGAAGGUAAGUCAUUUGAAAUGUUCUCAAUGAUAUGAAAAAUCUUAAAUGAAUAAUUAUUUAGCCACUGUAUAUUAUCAAUUUUUCGUUAUUGCUGAACUUACCGAGAUCUAGAUAUGCAAGACCAACGUAAAUCAGCUUUUCUCUGUAAAUGUAACUGGCUGACUUACUGACUGACAAACAGACAAGCAGACAGGGACAGACAGACUGACUGCCUGCCUGAUUGUCCGACUGAACUGAGACCGACAAAUUGUCAGUCUGGCUGUGCGACUGACGGAUCGGCUGACCAAAAAACUGACUGAUAAAGUGACUACCUGCCUGCCUGCCUACCUACCUACUUGUCUGUCUGUCUGUCUGAUUGUCUGAUAGACUAAUUGACUCCUUAACUGCCUGCCUGACCGACUGACUGCCUGUCUUUGUGCCUCAUUGCCUGCUUGACUGACUGACUAACUGACUGACUGACCAACUGACCGACCGAAAUCAGUUUAAACAUAUUUGUUUUAUUAGAACCGUGACAACUUCUAAAUGACUAACAUACAAACCAAUUGAUCCAUACGUUACACAUUGUUCAGUAAGAUACCAUAGUUUCGGACCGACAUUAGACAUUUGGGUGCGCCAACGCAACGUAACGUCCAGCGCAAGUCUUUCUGACUUUUCUUGUCAUCAGCUAUUAUUUUAAUUCAGUAAGUCUUAUCCCGUAGAUGAUGAUGAGAUAUGGAGCAGAAUCAGUGCUAAAAGGAAGGAAAUACUCGGCCAGUCAAGCUUAAGACUGAAAUCCACUCUUCCACGAUACAUGUACAAGGUGAGGUUUGAUUUGCCGGGUUCACCUGCUCCUGUGCGCGCCGGUUCAGAUGUGGGAAACGAGAACCAGGACUCGGAAGAAACGUCCGAUGAUAGCAAAGAGCGUUUCAAAUCAACUGACCAGAUACUUCAAGAUAGGAUUAACAGUCUUCAGGGUUUUCUUAGGGAGCGAAAAACACGUUUAGCAUCAGCAAGGAGACGCACAAAGAUUAGUUCAGAGCUGGUGAAUUCGGCGGACUACACGAUUCAGCAAUGCAAGAGAGAGUUACAAAGAGCUCGAGAUGCGCGCUGUGGAAACCUUAGGACAAAGACUACAUCUGUAGUUAAAAGCGGUGAGGACGAUCUCAAACAAGGAAAGUCCCAAAGCGUGACAGUUACACGAUGCGAAGAAUGUAAAAGAUGGUUAAAGGAAAGAGAUAAGUUUUGGGGAUUAGAGUCGGAUUCGGAAGAAGAAGACAUUAAAGAGUUUAACAAACACGUGAGACGCCGGAGCUUACGGCGAGAUUCAAGGCCUUUUGAAGCUACAGGAGGAAGGAUAGUUGGCAUGUCUUCGGGAUCAUCUAGACACAAAGAUGUCAGAAGAAUAGCUGGGCGUGGUACAUGGACAACACCAGCUUAUGUUCCGCCAUGGGCAGCAAAUGGGACGAAUACCGUACUAGACAAAGGGCGGUUUGGUCCUAAGCGAGGAAUUUUACAGAAAUUUUGGACUCGUCUAACAAGACACCACCACUAUGCAAGUUAGGUGAAAUUUUCAGAAGUGAAUGUACAACGCAAAUUAGAACUGAAUAUCUAUGGAUAUUUGUUACUAUUUUGCACUUAAAUAAAGCGAACCCUUUAGAUGCCAUUUGCAGUUGUCUUUGAUUGUGUUGGGUCCUUGAUACUUCCAUCAGUCCGCAAGGGGAAUUGGUUUUUCUCGAAACGUCUCUAAAAACUUGAAUACCCUUAAACAAUUUUUGUAAACUUAAUCUAAUGCAGUUCAAUUCAAAGUGACACACAGCAACAAUUUGUUCUUAUUCCGCGAUCUUUCUAUUUUAUUGAUCAAGGCUAGAGAAUCUUGUUAAUUAGCUAAUCUCGGCUUUAAACCGUUAAAUUAUUCUUAUACAAACCCUCUCGUUUGAGGGACUGUUGUUGGCAAUCUAAAAGCGGAAUCAGGCGUUGCCCCGCCGAAACGGAGACCAGAGAGCAUAUGGAUAUCGGAGAUUGUAUAGUCUCGACUCCAGAUAAACCUGUUCAAGACUCUCGGUCACUACUCCUGAUGCUUGCUGUCACCAUGCGGUACGGAACACAAAUGUUUAUGAGCUACCGCUAAGCUCUUCAUAAGAAGAUUGUCUAUGGGAAGAAAAUUCUUUUUACGCUCCUACUAUCUUCAUGUUAGUUGCGGGAAAAAAAAUAGGUAACUGAAAUAUCCUGAGGGCGUGACGCGCGCGUGCUUCUCGCCCUCAGGAAUUCGCGCGGCCAUUUUUUUCUUGCGGUUUUCUUUCGCGUCACGCAUACCCUGGGUACCAGAGGG